UGGAAUGCGAAAGCCGGGAAGACUUUGAGGUGACACACCCUCUUCCGGCCAACUCAUCCGAACUCUGCUGUCAGUUCAAAUGUGUCACUUUCUGCCAUUCAGUCAAACAAUCGAUCGCUUCACUUUAAACCCGAGCGAAGUCGAAGAGUAAAGACAACAGGAGACAUGGUGCUGCUGACGAUGAUUGUUCGCGUCGCCGACAGUCUGCCGCUCGCUGCAUCGAUGCAAGAGGACGAGCAGUCAGGGCGAGACUUACAGAGACACCAGAGUCAAGCCAAGCAGCUCUGCCGGAAACUGAACGAGCAGAGUCCUGCGCGCUGCACUCUAGAGGCAGGAGCCAUGGCCUUUCACUACGUCAUUGAGAAAGGAGUGUGUUACUUGGCCUUAUGUGAGGCAGGAUUCCCCAAGAAACUGGCGUUUGCGUAUCUGGAGGAUCUGGAGGGAGAGUUCAGUGAGCAGUACGGGACAAAGGUCCCUUCAGUGUCUCGGCCGUACUCUUUUAUCGAAUUUGACACAUACAUUCAGAAAACCAAAAAGUCUUACAUAGACAGCAGAGCACGGAGAAACCUGGGCAGCGUCAAUUCAGAGUUACACGAUGUCCAGAGGAUCAUGGUUGCUAAUAUCGAGGAAGUGCUCCAGCGUGGAGAAGCGUUAUCUGCCUUGGAUUCCAAAGCAAGUAAUCUGUCCAGCCUUUCUAAGAAGUACCGCAGCGAUGCAAAGUAUCUCAACACACGCUCCACCUAUGCUAAAGUGGCCGCCGGCGCCGUGAUUUUCAUCACACUCAUUGUUUAUGUGCGCUUCUGGUGGCUGUGAAUGCAUGUGAUAAAUUCAAGCAGAAACUCUCAGGGCCUCGCUCACAAAAAUGGCUCAGACACCAGAGAGUCUGUUCUGGCCUUAAGGUUGUGUCUGUUUGAUAUGGAAGCUGUUUCCGCCACUUAAUUUUGAAAAUAUAUGAAGUCAAAAUUGCAAGAUAUGAACUCACGAUGAAAAAAGCCGCAAUUACCUGGUUUUAUUUUUUAUUUAGUGGCGGAAACGGGCUUCCAUAGUUUGAGACGCUGAAUGUAGCUGUCAGUGAGUUUUGUCGAGUUGUCUUUUUACAGCUGUAACCUGUUGUUUUGUAACAUAUAUCAGGUGUAGGUGUUAAUAAUAUACUUGUUGUUUGUAUAUGUUCAGGAUGUUGGUAACAGAGCUAUGCAAAGUACAUCACAUCUGUAUUUGGAGAAAAAUUCAUACGUCUUUGUUGGGACACAAUUUAAGAGCCCACUAUGUCAAAUGUAUUUUUAAUUUGUGACGUAUGUAAAAUGUGAAGGUGCUUUUCAAGGAACAUCAGAGUAAAUUCAGACAAAUGAACUGUAAUGGUUUAUUGUUUACAAUUAUUACAAAGCAUUCCCACUCAAUGCAUUCACUCACUUAACAUGGUUCAAGAUGAUAAUUGGUCAUUUAUGUCUGACAGAGUAUAAAUAUAUACAUUUGUUCUUUGAUGAAUCACAAACGAACGGCUGCUCUUGAUCCACUGACCACUUCUGGUUGAAAUCCAAGUUUCUUUCAGUAUUUAGACAAUGAGGUCAAAGUCAUCUCGCUGAAAGAACAAAAACAAAAUUGUAAUGUUAAUCAAUGAGCAAUUAGUUCAAAUGGGUUUUAUAGCUGUUUUUUAAAUUUCUCAACAGCAUAAAAUCAGAUUCUCUUGGUGCUUAUAUGAUUACACCAUGCAGAAAAAUGUCAUUCUACAAAUUUUAGUGCCUUUCUUGUCCAUUCAGGGAGGAAUGUAUGUAACUAAUUUCAUUAAUAAAAGGUUUGUGUACACUG